UAGUAAUUUGAUGUUUGUCCCCGGGGACAUUUGAUGGAUUAAAGCUAAGCAGCUCCAUUUCGCAGCACCACCUGAUCUUCCACUGCCUGUGCCCCAUAUAAAGGCUGGCGUGAUUGCUGAUCUCAGCUAGUCUGACAGUCUCUCUCUCCCUCCUCUCUCUGUCUGUCUCCAUCUCUUCUCUUCCUCACUGGUCCCUUAAGCCUGCUGCAUCACAGGAGCUAUCCAGUGCUGAACAGGAUCGCUUUUAUUUUUUAUUUUUUUAUUUUUCUGGGGGAAGCUUGGGGAGCCAGAGAGUAUCACACAGCAUUGCCGUCAGCCUUGUUCUCCACUGGUUUCCAUUUUCUUUCUUAUCUUAUGUUUUUGGCAAUUGUCUUCACAUUAACCACAAGGAUUACUGUCAAGCCAGCUCUGCUCGUGUGCUUCCUCAGAGGGUCUUUUAUUUUCGCUCAUGCGUUUUUCUCAGCUCUGUGUUUUUAUCCAUUGAAACAUGCCCCGCUCAUUUUUGGUGAAGAAGAUCAAGCUUGAUGAUUUCUCUUCGUCCAAUGCCACCUCCAAUCAUCAUCACCACCUGGACGACUCGUUCACUUUUGCACGCUCCAUCACAGACUCGGUGACCAGCCUUGGCGUUCGUCUCAGCGAGAAUGGCUACAUCCAGGAUUACAUCACGCCAUCUGUAUACCAGGAGGAGAAGAAGAUGGAGCACAAGCUGGCUUCGCCGGUGUCAGAUCCCCUCUACACCCAGGUGAGCAGUGGAGGGGAGUACUGUGACCCCGACCUGAAGCACCCCGACAGCCCCCAGUCUGGCAUGACAGCCAGCGGCUUCUACAGCGGUGAAUCGGAGGCGCUGGAUGAGGGUUACACCAUGGAUGCCUUCUUCAUCUCUGACGGGCGCUCAAGGCGGAAGGGAGACACCGAGAGUCAUGGAGGGGGCUCAAGAAGCAGCAGUGCCAACGCUGGGGCUCAGGAGAGGGGAGCCGGGACGGCUCGCCACUCCUGCAACGAGUGCGGCAAGACGUACGCCACCUCUUCCAACCUCAGCAGACACAAGCAGACGCACCGCAGCCUGGACAGCAAGAUGGCCCGAAAAUGUCCCACCUGUAAUAAAGUGUACGUGUCCAUGCCGGCAUUGGCCAUGCACAUCCUCACCCACGACCUCAAGCACAAGUGUGACGUGUGCAGCAAGGCAUUCAGCCGACCGUGGCUCCUUCAAGGUCACAUGCGCUCACACACCGGUGAGAAGCCCUUUGCCUGCGCACACUGUGGCAAAGCCUUUGCUGACCGUUCAAACCUCCGCGCCCACAUGCAAACACACUCUGCCUUCAAGCACUACAGAUGCAAGCGCUGCAAUAAGACCUUCGCUCUCAAGUCCUACCUGAACAAGCACUACGAGUCAGCUUGCUUCAAGGGCUCUGCAGACGAAGACGACUCUGGAUCAGAAAACUAACCACGAGGAAGAAGCUAAAUUUUGAACCCCUAUGUAGGUUCACAACCAAUAACCCUGUUCACUCUGCCCUCCAUGCCUUUUUUCUUCCCUUUUUUUAGAAAGCAAUAUUUUCACUGAGAUUACGUGAAGAAACUCUAAUGAUUAUGGCAAAGACAAUUUCAAAAGAUGCUGGAUUUUUUCCCUGCACAGUAGCUAAUCGUCCACAGAAACAUACAAUCAAACAACCUUCCCCAAACUAGAAACUGUAGAUGAUAGUUGUACACAAUUAAGCAACAUGUGCUCGCAUGGAUGUGGGCGCAUGUAAACACACGCACACACACACACACACACACACACACACACACACAUUAACUAAGACACACACACACACACACACAUUAAUGUACGCACGUGUGCACACACUAUCACACACACACUAUCACACACACUUACACACAAUUAUAUAUGAGGCCUGGCAUGUGAAUUUUUAUCAAUGACUAUAAUGAUAUUGAUAUCAAUAGUAAUAAUAUUUAGAUUCCUGAUAUUUUAUAGCAAAUAGUAAUGAGAAAAUGAACAAAAAAAACAUAAAAAAAGGACUAACAGUGUUCUUUUGUUUUUUAGAGACAAAAUGACCUCUUGUAUUUUUAUGCUGCUUUUUAUUUGCUAAGAAUUGAAUUCUUUUGCAACUGCCAACAUGAACUUUUUACGAAAAUGUGAACUAUGACAGUAUUUGCAAAAAAGGGAGAUCAUUUUAAAAGUUAAAAAGACAAACCCCUUUUUCCACACCAAUGUUUCAAUUCAACGGAUGUUAUUUUUCUAUUUGAUUUUUCUAAAUUUAUUUUUUUGUGCUUAUUAUCCCUUGUUGAUCGAAAGCAUCUUUGUAACUGUGGGUAUUCAAAUUUUAAAUAAGCUAUACAAGAUCAUAGACCAUGGGUCAUUCAAUUCAAUUCUGUAAGAGCAGUGAUUUUAAAAUGUUUAGCAGGCCUGUUGAACAGGUCUUCACACACUCUGUCUGAUCAAAUUCAUAGUCUCACCCUGAUGUACAGACUUGGACAAAAAUACUGGGAGCUAGACCAAAUGAUCUAUUGUAAGUGCCAUGUGCGGUUGACCUGUCUAUAGCAAUGAAAACUCGCGUUGUUCUUCCUCCACCACGGUGGCUUGCAUAAACUCUGCUGCCUUUAUGGUGCAUCGUCCCGUCUUAAAGAGCAAUCUUCACCCGGUGUCUGAGGUGCUCCCCCUCCGCCAGUGUUACCUCAGAGUGAAGGUAUGGACUCACACACCCUCAGUUACAAAGUGACAGUCAAAUUAUUCUGUUUGUCUGUUUUAUAUGUCUCUCAAAGCUCUGCCCAAGUUUUAGAUGCAUCCCAUCUAUUUAUCAUGUAAAUACUUUAUUUAUCUACCUAUUUAUCUAUUUAUUUAUUGACCUAAUUUUGUGUAUUUAUUGAAGACUUGCUUAUUUGUUUAUUAUCAUGUAUUUAUUUAUUGUUUAUCAUUUAAAAAAUGAACAUCCAUCGACCUUGUAAGAUGCUGCUGAUCUUCAAAGAAAAUGUUUAUAUGCAUGAAAACUGUAGAGAGUCCUCGGGACUUAGUUUUUUAAAGAGGAACAAUGUACAGUACCAGUGCUAGGAGACUUCAAACGAAGGAAUGCAGAAUUACUUUUGUUUUCGUGGCAAUAACUUUACUGACACAGCGAUUGACAUGUAUAACAAUCACAGCUGUCCUGUUUUCAGUCGAUUUAGGGCAAUAAAAAGAAACAAUGAAACUAAACACUAAAUAUUCUCCAUCUUGCUGUUUUCCAAAAGUCCACCGCCUCCUCGGGACUGGAGAUUUUUGUCUCAGGCAAUAAAUAAUUUGGCCAACGUUGAUGUGCAUGUACACAUCGCCAUGAAAAUGUAACACUAUAUGUUGAAAUCAGAGAGCCAAAUAAUGUAGAUAUAAUCUAGCUGCACUGAGGUUUCAAAGGUGCAAAUGCAAUAAUGAUGUGAUGCAGUAACUGUAAGCAAAACUCAGUCUUUUAUACAGCAAGUCUAGAACUGCUACAGGUGUUAAUUCGACUGGAAAAGGCUGCUAUCCUAUAAUAUCAUAAUUAUUUGUGUCUCUUUUGUUUUAAAAAUCAACCAGGUAAAAUAAAAUCUCUUCUGGCAGCUGAAGGGCAGUUUUGAUGUGACUCAAUUGCUAGAAGGUUACAUAUUACACAACAGGAUUACAAUAAUUCUCCUUUAGGUCACUGACAUAAUAAAACGUUUGAAUAUAGUUAAAUUCAAAGUCACUACUGCUGCCAAAUUAUUCUGUGCAGUUUAAAGCAGCUAAGCAAUUCUAUGAGGUGCCAAAGGAGAAGAUCCUCCUGAGACAACGUAAGGACGGAGGUGCUGUAUAUGCGUCUUAACCGGCACUAACGGAAAAGAUCUCGAAGUGAACAGUCUUGGUAGAGAAACUUUUUGAAGAUUGCUGUAAUGAAACAGCGCUAUAAUGCACUUCCGUCUCCCCCAUCAUUUGUCCCUGCCUCGCGUCCCCCCCCUACCAGCCGUCCUCAUCCCAUCCCAACUGCCUCUAAACAGACGCACCGAGGAUGAGAUGUGCUGAAGUGGGAUUGGCGGAGGGUGGCGGAGUGUAGGAGGAUAACAGGUGUUUGCAGACAGACUGCAGAUAGGAAGCGUAAUUGAGUCGGUGAGCGACCUCCAAGGGGAAGGUCAAGCACCAGCAGGCAAAUGCACUGUCAGCUAUUUGCAUAUUCCAAAUGGAUGACACGAUAGCAGUAAUGCUGAGCCUGCCCUAAAAACACACACACACACACAAAAGAACACAAAGCGAAAAAACGGCGUUUCUGCUCUGUUUAUCCGUCCUCUCCUCCCUGUUUCACCAUCAUCCUGUCAAUGGUCGUCUAAGUGCUACAGCUGAAUCACUGCAUGAGAGCAUCCAAACCACCUGUCUCCUGAUUAACUUGCAGAACACCCAGUUUGGCACGUCGCUGUAUUAUUGAACUAAUGCAGACCUCGUUACUUCCAAUAGAUCCUUUUUUAUAUGUUUACUAUUUUACUUUGGGAUAAAAAUAAUGCACUUCCAAAACAUGUUUUAAUACGGCAGAUAAAAGCAAUGAGACCAUUAAAAACAUCAAUUGAAAAAGGAACUCUUGGAUCUAAAACUGGCAGUAUUACAGAUCGUCCUCAGAGAAAAUAUUAAUGACAAAAAAGGAGGUGCAGUUUGAUUCUAAACUUCUACAUUUAGAUGUAGGGAAACAUUGUUCCUCUUUGAUGAUUUUGUAAAUAUAUUUGUAAAUAUAUCACAGCAAUAAUAUGACAAUGCAUGUAGACAUUUAAUUGCUCUUUUUCUAUUCAUGUUGUCUUUUUUUUAUUAACAAAAAGAAAAGACAAAUACAGGUACCAAUUGCAGUCUGGGUGGCCAUGUGAAUCAGGGAGUGUGUUGAUUAAAAAGCUAUCUGUUGUAAGUUACAAACAACAACAACUCUGUGUAUUCUCAAAGAUUUGAUCAUGUUCUGUAUAAUUUUUUUUCUGUUCUUUUUUUCUUUUAUUUAUGUGCCCGGCUUGGCUGCGCAAUGAAAAAGUGCCAAAAAGUAUGAUUUCCAUGACAAAAGCCUUCAACAUAUGGUUGGCUGCUUGAAACCUUCCAUAUGGUCCUCAAAGAAAAAAAAACUGAUUAAGAUUUUCCACUUUCUUUCUUCACUCUCUCUCUUUCUAUCUCUCUGUUACAGCUGAGUAUGAAGAAACUUAAGCCAUGAUUGCUGAGGGGUGUUUUGAUUUAUCUUGUUCUGCUACAAUUAAUAAUGAUGACAACAAUAGCAGUGAUAACGUUAAUAAAAACAAUAG